CAAAGCUAAGCCGGUCUAUACAUUUCAUUGUCCCAUAUGUAAGCAAAGGUAGUAAAUUUACAGUUCUUGAGGGAAUGAAGGAGGGGAGUUGUAAAGGAGUUUUUCCCCAAGCUGGUGAGUCUUCUUCUUCAUCAUGGUCUCCAUGCGCGGCCUGCAAGCUUUUGAGGAGAAGAUGCAGCCCAGAAUGUGUUUUUGCUCCAUACUUCCCAGGAGAUCAGCCCCAUAAGUUUGCCAAUGUGCACAAAGUGUUUGGUGCUAGCAAUAUCAGCAAGAUGUUACAGGAGUUGCCGGUGCACCAGAGGGAAGAUGCGGUGUGCAGCAUGGUAUAUGAAGCCAAUGCCCGGGUCCGUGACCCGAUUUAUGGCUGCACCGGAGCCAUUUCCUCUCUCCAACAACAGCUCGAUACGCUCCGGGCCCAAUUGGCCAUGGCCCAAGCCGAAAUUGUACACCUACGAGUCCGCCAAGUUGCCGUGGUGAGCUCAAGCCCACAAAACAGUGGGUCUCCCUCAUCAUUUGGUCUGGGCUCUUACCCCAAUGGCUACUUUGAGCUGGAAUCAGACGUCGUUGACCAGCCCAGCAACUUCUAUUCAUAGCUGCUGGUCUGGGCUCUAGAUGUUUAACUUAGGUUGCCUUCCCUUUUAGGGAUAACUGCAAAAAUUAAUAACUAUGUGCAACUUUCUCUAUAGUGUAAUGUUGUUAUAUUUGUCUUAUAUCUAACUGUAAUGUGGCGAGAAUAUGUAGACACCCACUUUUUUUCAAGAAGUAACGUGGUAUCUUGUAAGGCAUGUAAUACAUUAAUACACUUCCC